AAGGAUGGGAGUGUGUGUGAACAGUUAUUUAGUUUCUUCCCUAACGUCGCUCACCGCAUUCUUGUCUUGACUGGAGGCGAACGGAAAGCGAUUUACACACAGAGAGAGAGAGAGAGAGAGAGAGAGAGGGGGGAAUCAGAGACAGAUUGGAGCUGAAACUUGGCUGCAGACGCUCCUUGUGCAGACGGACCCUCCAUGCCGGAGCCGGGAGAUGCUCCGCGGCGAAGCCCGCAGGGAGUCCCCUACACCGAGCUGCGACACAUCGUCAACGCCGACGGACUGCACCUGUUCUGCCGCUACUGGGAGCCCGCAAGUCCGCCAAGGGCUCUGGUGUUUAUUGCUCAUGGAGCGGGAGAGCACAGUGGGCCAUAUGAAGAAAUUGCACAGAGACUGAAAGAGCGGUCCCUGCUGGUGUUUGCUCAUGACCACGUUGGCCAUGGUCAGAGUGAAGGAGAGAGGAUGAACAUCAGGGACUUUCAGAUUUACAUCAGGGAUUCCCUGCAGCACAUUGACCUCAUGAAGUCCCGGCAUCCGGAUCUUCCCGUCUUUAUUGUGGGCCACUCCAUGGGUGGCGCUAUCUCCAUCCUCACUGCCUGUGAAAGACCCAAUGAUUUCACUGGACUGGUCCUGAUAAGCCCGAUGGUCCAGAUGAACCCAGAAUCUGCGACGCCCUUUAAGGUUUUCGUGGCGAAGCUCCUGAACCACAUGCUGCCGAGCCUCUCUCUGGGAUCCAUCGAGUCCAAAUGGAUCUCACGGGACAAAAAGCAGGUUGAGGCAUAUGACAAUGAUGAGCUGAACUACCAUGGCAGGUUACGGGUGUCGUUUGGCAUCCAGCUGAUGGCGGCGGCCGAGAGGAUCGAGAGGGCGAUCCCAUCCAUCAGCUGGCCCUUCCUGCUCCUCCACGGCGACGUUGACAAGCUCUGUGACAUCCGAGGCUCUAAGAUGAUGCAUGAGAAAGCUGCAAGUUUGGAUAAAAAGCUAACGAUCUUUGAAGGAGGAUACCACGCUCUCCAUCAUGACCUCCCUGAAGUGGCCGAGACUGUGCUGAAGGACGUGACGAGCUGGAUCACAGAUCGACUCCCUCCAGCAUCGAUGCCACCGCAGCAAGGCUCGUAGAUCUCCAACGUAAAAAAAAAAAAAAAAAGAACUCAGUCAGCGCUCCAAGGAGACUCCCAAACCUUAUCCCACCAGGCGUACAUCCUUUCCCGAAGCCAUGUGAGGCGCAACACUUCUUUCUUGUCCAAGGGAGGUGUUUGAGCUCACUGAUCUGACAUCGUGUUUUCUGUCUGAAGGGUUUACUAACAUCAUUUCCCAUCUUCUUUAAGAAGAUGAUGCCAUCACAAACUCUGAUCCUAGAAACUCAGCAAAAAUAAAAAAUUCUUAGCAGAAUCUACAAUCAGGGAUGUGCCUCAUGCGGUCCAGCCAGUGGGUGUGUUGGUUUUGUCAUCAUCUCCUGGUCUCCUGCGCUGCUCGAGUGAAGUUGAAAUCACAUUAAGCUAUGGUUCUAAGUGCAAUAAUGACAUUAUCCUGUAUUAGUUACUGAAUUGAUCUUUUAGAUACUAAUAUCAAAUGUAACACCUUGCGUGAUCCGAAGAAAUAGCACUUGCUUUUCCGUCCCUCAAUCUGCAAUACAUCAAAAGGUCAAGUUGCUGUCUGAUCUCUGCUAGGGGGGAUGGCUAAGGUCACCUCAAACUGUUAAUAACUGGUUUCUCCAAUAUUCCAAUAUAAACGCCAUAAAUCUUUCUGAGUUCACUUUAUAUUCAUAAAAAAUCCUAUCUUUUCUUGACUUCUUUCAUAUGUUUCCUUUGGUCUGAAGAGAGAAGGUCUAAUAAACAGCUCAAAAUCAAUGCUUCUUCAAUAAAGAAGAUUCAGACAUGUUUUUUGUUUUUAGCUAGUAGAUUUGAAGACAUUUUAUAUAUGGCACUGUUUACCUUUUUUUUAAAUAAAUGAGUGCUUUCAAUGACAGAGUCGUGAGCACAAUCGUUUCUAGGAGGCAAAUUAACCAGGUGAUGUUGUUGUGACUAUCUCUGCAGAUGGGGCCUCAUACUGAGAGGUCAAAGGUCAAAUGUUUUGACCCCUUUAAGGCCACGGUUGACUUCACUAUUAGUGAUUCAUGUAGCAUCUGUUUGGUGAAUAGGGAAUACCUCACAGCUGUGAAAGGAAUUAACAUGGUUCUCUCGGGGGAAGCUCCACUGUCUCACAAAACGAAUCAUACCCUUGAAUUUAGUCAGAUUUUGUCAAGCACAAACCGAAACGUAUUCUGUUGGAUUUCUGUGUGAUAGAACAACACAAAGUAGCGGCUAAGUGGGAAGUUGAACAAAUCUGAACGGUCAAUACUCUGUUGAAGCACCUUUUGUGUAAUUGCAGAGCAGAUCUUUUGAGGUCGCUGCCAGCUUUGCACAUGACAAUUUUUGCACAUUCUUGUAGGCAGUAUAGCUCAAGUUCAGUCAGAUGGUGGCCAUAAAUGAUCGUCAAUUCAAGUCUUCCCUCAGAUAGAUUCUUAGUUGGAUUUAGGUCUCGACUUUGACUGGGCUAUUCUAACACAUGAACAUACUUUGAUGUGAACCAUUACGCUGCAGCUCUGGCUCUACAUGGUUAGUUGUUCUGUUGGAAGGUGAACCUCUGGCUCAGUCUCAGGUCUUUUGCUGUCUAUAAAAGGUUUUAUUCCAGGUUGACCCUGUCUAUAGCUCCACACUCUUCCCAUCAACUUUGCCUAGUUUCUCUGUCGCUGCUGGAAAUAUCAGCCCCGAAGCAUGAUGUUGCCACCACCAUGUUUCCCUGUGAAUACGCAUGUUCUCGGUGAUGUGCAGUGCCUCCACAGGAGGCAUUUUCCAUGUCAACCACAAAGUUCAAUGUUUGUCUAAUCUAACUUGGACUCCAUUUGUUACAUGUUUGUCCCCUAAAUACCAUCCAUCCAUCCAUCCAUCCAUUUUCUUACACCCUUGUCCCUAGUGGGGUCGGGAGGUGCUGGUGUCUAUCUCCAGCUAACGUUCUGGGCGAGAGGCAGGUUUCACCCUGGACAGGUCGCCAGUCUGUCGCAGGGCAACACAGAGACAGACCGGACAAACAACCAUGCACACACACCCCCUAAAUACCAUGUAAAAAACCACUGUGUAUGGGACAUUUUCCCCUUUUAAUAACACUUUCUUCUUGCUACUUUUAAAUAAAAUUUCACUUUAAGUGUAUAAAUAUAGUUACAUAUCAGAAGUUAAUAUAAAACCUUGUUUUAAAGUAGAAAGCUUUGGAAUAGCUGUCUUAUUCUGAGUUUGAAUGCUAGAUAGAAAUAAUUACUACAAUUAUUCUAAAAUGGACUUAUUUAUAGAAAGCUACAGUUGAAGGAGUAGCAGAAGCAGCUGUCACCUCUUUCAUUCUGUUCCCCCCCAAACAGCAGUGUAUCUCCCCUGAAGUCAACCUUGGCUUUAAACAUCUAAGCAAUCAUGUCACACCAGCUUUUAUUUUUGAUUAAAACAUUUUAACAUUGAUUUUUUUAUUCUUUAAUUGUAAGCUAAGCAGGCACACACUGCGCCGUACCGUCCUGUAAUUAGCCGCUGUCGCUACCUGUUGCUUUGAAGCGUUCACAAUGAGAAAACAUUUUAGAAGUCAGGGCCCCAACAUCAGGAUCACAGUUAGCUCAUUGUUGGUAUUCACAACCAACUUGUUAUAUGCGCCUUUUUAGUAGAAUUGUAAUUAUUAGCGUGAUUUAAAUGAAUCACGCAGAGUUCACAGACACUCGUGCAGGAGGUGUGGGGAACAUGGUGAUGACUUGCUGUCAUGUUUAUCUGCAGCAGCAGUUCUUUUGUUUCAAAUGCGCUUCACGUGCCGUCACCAGGGGGAUCCCAGCUGAAGUGAUACAAUGAGAGGAAUCUCUGGGUUCUAUACGUCUUUCCAACUUUCCGUCUCCUCUGGUCGCGCCGCGUUUCACUGUGCUCUGGGUCUGGCGUUUUUGUUUCAUCUUUCAUCUUCCUCUCCUUUUUUUUUUUUUUUUUGGCUGCGAAUGUUAACGAUUGCUUUUUGUUUUGUCCAUCACAUACGCCUUUGCUCUGUCACAGAUUCAGACAUGUUGUCCACGGACACCCACACCGUCACAUGCAGGGAACUAUCUCGGCAGCAACAGGCUGCGAGGAUGCAUCGUGGAGAUUUUGUUUUUGCCUUAGAGCGCUCUUUUUGUCCUGUAAAAUGUACAACUCUGGUAAACCUGAAAGGUUUAGCUCAGCUUAGUGCUGGAUCAUACCACACAGUGUCCAAGUGAGCAUCCUAAAAUUUCUCUUCCACAGAUGAUUGUCUGUUUUGUGUGUGAUUGACAGCUCAGGAAAAAAAAAAGUCAAAUUUGAAGUAAUAGCAUUUAUUAUCACAUCACACAGAAGAUUUACCCUCAACUUGCAUCACCCUCUGUGCAGAUAUAGACAGAAACGUAAUGUAUUCCUGAUUCUCAGGGGGAGUCAGCCCUUUUAACCCCCAACCAGAACCGUUCACACUUCAAACACAAUAUCCUCCUGAUUAGGUUGCAGCAGUCCCAGCAGCACACAAAGGCUGCCCAGCCCCAGUUGUAUUCAAACUCCUAAUGGCUCCCCUGCUGCACAGCAUCAGCACAAUGACCUCAGUUCGCAGCGUAAUUUAGAAAAAAAAAAGGCAAAGCUCUACCUGUCAGACUAGGUGAGUGGAUAUUACUGCCUGUUGUUUGCUUUGAUGGUAGAGAGAGAAACCGGGAUGCAACGAGAGGAAAAAGCGAGGAAAGAAGCCAACCGUAACCAUGGCAGCGCUUUCUGAUUCUUCUUUUUUCCCCCUCUCUCUCUCUCCUGCAAAAUCACUCAGUAAAAAUAAAUAUCCUCAUUAAUUUUGUGGCAGACUAGAGGGUCUUGAGGCUUGUUGUCCAUUUGCUGCUCUGAGGAUUCCCUUUUUGUGUGAGUGUUGAGAUAAGAGACUAAAGCAUCAUCAGCUCGCAGUGAAUAAUAAGAGCUGCAUGCGCUGAAUCCUAAACAGCAGGGAUUCUACACCAUUUGUGUCAAAUGAGGAGCUUUCCUUGGACAUUGUGUGGUUGGAAUUUCCCCUUUUUUUUCUUCAUACAUUUGUCUAAUUUUUUUACACAUACAUUCCAUGUCUCUAUUAAAUAGUGAUAAAACACAGUCCAGCACUUUCCCAAUAGAUUACAUUCCUGUUCAUCCCAACAGUCAACAAUCUCUGGCUUCACUUAUUUUAAAGACAACGCAUGUCCACUGACAUGUGUUGUGGUCAAAUUGCUCACGCUGAGACAGCCAUGUGAAAAUGUUCAGUUCAGAUCCCGACUUCGGACAGGCGCUCUAUAUUAAGUAACUGGGGAGGGGAAAAAAGGGGGCAGAACAGAGCUGAAUCCCAAUUGGGCUGUGGCUUUUUAUAACAAAGCCAGAUUCAUCCUGCCUGCUGGUUUGUCAAUAGGGACACUGUUUCUGUUUGAGUUUUUUUUUUUCUUUUACGACUUUAGGACUGUUUCUAUGAAAAGAGCUGUUAUUUAUGACAGGAGUGAAGGGGCAGAGGCCAGUCUUUCUACAGUUUAAUGAGAUUAAUCUGUUCUGAGGAGACUCUAUGAAGUGUUCCAUUAACGGGAUAGUUUGUACCUUUUUUUUUUGGAGUGAGGUUCUAUUCAAAGGUUAUAAGCUGCUGAUAUCUUAUAAAACCUUCUUGGGAUUUAUAAAGUGUAACAUAGUAUGUGAUAUAGGCUAAGUCUAACAGUUUCUCUGAGAGGGAACAAGACCAAAGCAGAUUUCUUCCAUCUUAGAACAUCUCAAAAAUGCCAUAGAAGUUCAUUCAAUUGCUGUCUUUAUGAGUCUUUAAACCAGUGGUGUCCAAAGGGUGGCCUGUGGGCUCUUUGUAGAUAUUAUAAUGAUAUAAUAUGACCACAGUUCAAGAAUGGUUGAAAUUUGACUCACAAUCAGUUCACGAAGACAGACACAUUUAAAUUUAAAAUGUAAACUAUUGGAUAGAUUCAUCUUAUAUUAUCUCAGAUUUUCUUUUGUUUUUUGCUUUUACUCUAAUUCACAGUAAAUAGGAUCACAAACAUGCAUCUUUUUCCACUGAUAAAAUAUCUGAUUAUGAUAAUAAUCAUACAGUUUUUAAAGAAAGUAGGGCUUAUAUACCUUUCUUAUUGUCGAGAUCACAACUUUUCCAGACUAAAACAAAAAUAAUAAUUGACCAUUAUUUGUAAAAAAAAAAAAAAAAAAACUUUUAAUAGCAAACAUUUGAGAAACUCUUUCAGCUUCAGAUCAACAAUGAUUUUCAAACAUGUGAGUACCCAGUAGUUUCAUUAAAAUAUUGGAAAUUUUGUUACUUACCAUGGGUCUAUGGGUGAUGGAGGUUGGGGGGGAGUGUGCCACUAAUUAUCUUCCGGUGUGAAGCACAUUUAGAGAACACGUGAAGCAUUUCUGGUCAAAUGACUGAAAGAAAUGCAAAGUAGCAUAAAUGGUUAAUUAUAGUAAUCAGUCAGGUCCUAUAAUGUCCAUAAUGUGGACACAUCAAGCAGAAAUGCUGGAAUGGACAAAUGCAGAGGGAACCUUUGCACUCGCUCUCAGCAAAGGUUUGACAAUACUGGCCACUGCUUUUCCUUAUCUGUUUUAUGUCACAUUAAAAUAAAAUAAAUCUUAAUGUUUUGUUUGUCUUUUGGCCUGUUCAAAUGAAAGACACCUACAAGUAGCUGUUAAGUUUUAUUCUGAAAAAUAAAAGUAGAAAAAGUGGAACAGAAGUCUUUCUUCUUCUAUUCAGUAGCUAUUGUGACAUUGGGGGCACACCACCACACACCUCCAUUUCCUGUGUAAACAUUCUUCAGCUUUUUACAUAGAUGAAACACCCUGGUAACGUGUCAAUGGUCUAAAGGUUUUUAAAAUAACCAUAGCAUGUGAUGUAUUUGACAGUUGUUUUAAAGGGCAGACAUUUUGUUUAGUCUGGAUCCCUCUGUUUUUUUUUGUUUUGUUUUGUUUUUUGGGAGGGGGGUUUCUACAGAACCUCAUCUCAAAAAUUCUGAACUAUCCCUUUAUGGUGAUCAUGUUGCUGUGCUUAAGCUGUCAGCAAGAUUUGAACAGGUCUUCUCCAAUUUGCUGCGAAUGCUAAAAACAAGUAAAUAAAAGUAAUUAGUUUCAGUUUAGUUUAGUGUCUUGAAAGAGGUAAUGGGCGCAUAACAACAAAUUUUAGAACUCCUGUUCAAAUCUUGCUGUUGUUAAGAAACCUUGUACAAUUAUUGUACAAUAGCUUUGUAUUUAUAACACACAAAAAUGACAAUUGUAUUGUAUUUUAGCUAUUUUUUAUUUGUCUCGUGUAGAGUACUAUUAACAAACAACUUCUUGUAUUGGCAUGUAUGUACUAGUUACACAAUGUCAAUGCACGUUUUAUACCAGAACCUAUUCAGACACCUUGAUGUUCACCUAUUCCACUUAUAGAGCUGUUGUAUAUGUAGUCAGCAAUCAAACAAUGCUUUUCUAAGGAGAUUUAUACGGUAAGGAAUUUACUCCAGUAUGUUUUAGAUGAUGCUGGAUGCGAAAUGAAACUACUGCCAAAUAAUUUUACAGAGUUUUGAAUUCAUUUUCAUGUUCUAAACAUCUAAAGGUGAUCUUACUCUUCAAAAUAGAAAAUGUGGCUAUGAAGAUGUCAUGUUUAACAAAUAUUAAAUGCAAUUCAGCAGUGUUGAGAGUGAAAGGAACUCAUCCAAAAUCUUAAGCAUUAAUCAGAAACAAAGAAAACCUUUGAUUACAUUCCUUAAAACACAAUUUACGAGUUAUUUGUGACAAUACAUGCAUUGUAAAACUUUGUUUUAUCAAUGUUGUUUAUGCUUAUUGCUGAUAAAUGUGCACAUUAUAAAUCUUUGCCUGCAUUGAACCAUAAGCUAAUUAGAAAUGCACCAGUUGAUCUGCUAGACACUGGAAUCAGACGGUUUGUCCUGAUUGGCUCAUUGAUAAUGGGGGACUGGCUAGCUCACACCUGAUUGGUGCAUGUCCAAUAAGGAUCUUUUAAUAUACAUGAAAGUUAACAUUCAUGUUGCUCCUCACUUUCUGACAUCUACCGUCGUGUUCACCUGCUUGUGUACCUCUUAUCAGUCUCAUUAAAUUUAUGUCUAUUAGUCCUUAUUAAUGUGCAAACAAGGAAGCAGACAUACAUUAAAAACUGCUUCUGCCCCUUUUGAUACAAGAUGAACUUUGCUACUUAAAUACCUCCCAGCUUUGUUACACACCUGUUCAAGUCCAUUUUAUGUUAAUACCAAAAGAAAACCUUAGAUGAAAACUGUUUGAGUUUACCAAGGCUUAUAGUAGCUAAAUUACUGAGUUGAUGCAUAAGCAUUGAUCAAAAUUGUAUAAAAUAGAUAAAUCAGGGGUUUUAUGUUGUUGUUUUUUGCGGGAGCUUAAAAUAAAAUUUUUAAAUAUAGUUUUCCAUCAGUGUGACUAUUUUGAAUGAUUGGUUAAUUUGCACGUGUAUCUGGAGCAACUCUCUCCAUGAAUCAUUCUGGCUCCUCUUAAGGGAUUUUAAGUGUCUAUGAAGGGAAAGUCCCCAACGUAAUACAAAGCCUGGAGAGAUUAGAUUGUAUUUGUAGGGAAAUAAAACACAGAGGAUUGGAUAGUUAAGUCUUCCUUGUAUAUUUUCUGUGUUGAUUUGUCUUAACAUGUUGUAAUGUUACUGAAGGACGGUUUCAAUAUUCCUGCGCUGGUGUUCUUCUAUGUCCUCCAAGCUGUAAUCCAACUUAAAUUCAGGUAUUAAAUCUGCUUUUGACUGAGAUAAUAAAAUCACUUCAUUGGUCAGGUGUUAGCAUUUGAAAGUUUGUAACUGUAAAUAAGAUGGGUUUAAAAAAAAUAACACUGAAAAUUCUUCUGAAUGUCAAUCUACUUAUUGCUAGACUGUUCACGACGUCCACAUUGUCUUUUAAAAUAAACAACAUGACUGUUUAA